GUUCUUACGUUUAGGCGUUACCUCCUGGUUACCCAGCUCAACCCUGACGUCAACAAAUCGGUUCUUCCGCUGCCGGUAGAGAGAACGUGAUCUGCCAAGAAGAAGAAGAAGAAAAGCAGAAGUAGCUGUAACAUCGCAUCAAUUACAGAUAACAGAUUUACAGGCGAGUCAAAUAAUCAAAUCAUCGUGUCCAAGAUCUUUGAAAGCAAACCCCCUCCAGCAGGUGACCGACAAUGGCUGUGAACGUGUACUCAACCUCAGUGACCAGUGACAACUUAAGUCGUCAUGACAUGUUGGUCUGGAUCAAUGACUCUCUACAGAUGAACCUCACCAAGAUAGAAAUGUUGUGUACAGGUGCCGCAUAUUGCCAGUUCAUGGACAUGCUGUUUCCCAACUCUGUGCCUCUGAAGAAAGUUAAAUUUGCUGCCAAGCUGGAGCAUGAAUACAUCCACAACUACAAGCUUCUGCAGGUUUCCUUCAAAAAGAUGGGAGUCGACAAAAUCAUUCCAGUAGACAAACUGGUGAAGGGGAAGUUCCAGGACAACUUUGAGUUUGUCCAGUGGUUUAAGAAGUUCUUUGAUGCCAACUACGAUGGGAAGGAGUACGACCCAGUCGAGGCGAGGCAGGGCCAGGAUGCCAUGCCCAUCCCCAACACUGCCAUGUCUGCUCUCACCAAAACCCCUAAAAAGGCCCUAAGUCAAGCUCCUCAGAGGCCACCUGUUGCCAAGGUAGCGCCCAAGUUGGCCCAUGUCAGUGCAAGGAAGCCAGGGAUGGGAGGAGGCGACGAGGAGAGGGCGGAGCUCAUUAAUGAGAUGGAGGGCCUGAGAUCUACCAUUCAGGACAUGGAGAAGGAGAGAGACUUUUAUUUUGGUAAGCUGCGGAACAUUGAGCUGAUUUGCCAGGAGAAGGAAGGAGAGGGCGACCCCACGCUGCAGAGAAUCAUCGACAUCCUCUACGCCACAGACGAGGGUUUUGUGAUACCAGACCCAGAUACUGAAGAGCCGGAGGAGUUUUAAUCAAAACUGCAAGCAACUUUUCACUUAGAUGCUCUGGUAUACAAACCCACCUCGAGAUCUUCUUCAAGCCAAGACAGCCAGUUUGGUUUUAUAUCCAGCACCAAACCUGACCUCGACUUGUGCCCCACCCCAUCCCAAACACCUAACAUCUCCUGAACCUGCCGUACUUCUUAUUCUAGCCUUCCGCUGCCGUACAGCUCAGCUACAUUUUUCAAGAAACAUCCUCUACCAAUAAUCAUCAAAGCCUCGGUCACGGCCUCUUCAGUCUCCACACCUGUCAGUCUGCGAGAGCUUCAGGCCCCCACCCCUCACCUGUAAUCCCAUCCUUCCCAAAACCAGAUCGUGCAGUACAUAUCUGGUUUUUGUAAUGGACUUGAGUGUGAAAAACACGGUGAUGUUCUCUCUCUGUGUGUGUGUGUGUGUGUGUGUGUGUGUGUGUGUGUGAGUGUGUGUGUGUAUAUGUGUGUGGUUGUAUGUGUUUAAAAAUCAAAUUGAAACAAAUCAAACGUGAAGAACCUCCUCUGAAGGACCCGGCUGUCAGAACUGCAAUCACUUUGUCCCAAACUAACCCGGAUAGUUUGUUUUUUGCCUGAUGGCCCUGCAGCCAUUUGUGCCUCUCCUGUUGACACUGAAUUUUAUUUGGAGUGAAAUGCUUGCACAGAAGUGAAGGAAAUGUAAAAAGGAAAAAAAAAUGCACACACAUUCCCAUCUAGAGCACGAAGUAGGCGUAAGAUUUGGUAUGUUUGCUAGCUGGUCCCAAUUUUAGUUAUGCUAACAUAGAGUUUGGGGUUUUGAAAUGGUAAAAAAAAAGUUAAACUUCAUCGAGCCAGAAAGCUUUCAGAUCCAUCAUUUGCUAGUUUGAUGUAGCCGAUAUGGUUUUAAGCAAAAUUAAAUGAGGAACAAAAACUUGUGGGCCGCACACGUCGACACUGAAGGGCUCAGGGUUUAGUCUGGGACAAGGCAACAGUCAGGGCUUCUUUUGGCCUUUUUUCCACCAAGGAUGCAUCCUGAUUUUGUUCUGUUAAGCUUCAGAAGAGCUUUUGUAAAUGUAUGCUACUGUUUUAUCACAUUUCUCCCCCUCACUCCAUUUCACCUUUUUUUUUUUUUUUUUUGUUGGUUUCCUCUGUUGUAUGUUUUGAAAAGGGUUUUUGGGCACCUGUCAGUCAUGAUCUCAACUUUUUCUAUUUCUUUUCGACCCGCUCACUCAACCAUCACUCUGUUGGAACGAUUUGACUUGUUUCGCAUAUGUAGAAGUGUUGCUGUUUUUUGUAGCAGAUCAGUCUUUUCUGUUUCCACCUCCCACAUGCGUCCACUCGACCUCGUUGUUCACGUUUCAGGCUUCUUAAAUGUGCAAUUAUUAACUCCGGGAAAGUGUCUUUCUCUUCGUGUGGAUGUGAGAUGGCGGCCUUUUGAGCAACAUGCCAAUUUUUAGUAAAAAGUACAACAACAAAAAGAUUUACAGUGAUUGUUUUUGAAUGUUUUGACUUUUUGGAGAUCCUAUUUUGUAAGGCCAUGCACUGUUUUUUAUACCAGUGGUCCUUACUCAGGCUCCAUCCAAUAAGAAUAAUUCUUGAUCCAGAGCAGCCACAUUACAAACACUGUGAGCUCUGACUGUGGCUGAUCAGUGUGUGUGUGUGUGUGUUCACUAAAUGUAGCCGACCAGCGUCGCAACCAUCGGCUUAUCUUGGCAAAGCAUAUUCUUUUUUUGGGAACGCAAGACAGGUGUCUUUUUCCUCUUUCUGUCCCAUUUCCACUCCCCGAAUGACCAAUUUUAAUACUAAUAUUGUAUAUUGUGGAUCUGAUUUGAGACCAUUUGUUUUCCACUGUAUAUUUGUACCUUAUUUGAAAUAACACAGUUAUGGUGAUUCUACACAAACUGUUAACAGCAAAGGUGUUGUUAUUGGAAUACAUAACUUUAUCAAUGGCCUUAUUCAUAGCAUUUUUCUUUUCAUAAGAAAAACAUUUUUCAUAACUUUUUUUUAUUUUACAUUAAUGUAAGUCUGCUGUUUUGGGCAAAUGUGUGUAAUGUUAGUCCUAUUUUAAUGUGUUCUAAAAUAAUAAAAAACAUUGGAGGUAUUUUGGACAUAAACUGAGAUGUGUCAGGGUGCAGCAGACCGCUUGUCUUCCAUCUAAUGCCUAUGAAGCAAAAGAAAAUAAUAUAUAUUGGACAUUAUUUAAAUUGAUUUUAAGGAUUUCUGUUGAAUUAUUUGGUUUUCUUGCCACGAGUUGAGGUGAAAAAUUCGAAUGUGUUUUCCCAGUGACAUAAAUGUAACACAGCUGCAGACUUGCUAAAUAUAUUCUGCAGAGUGAAAUCAACAAUCAGUCAGGUUGCUGAGUUGAGCAUAUUCCUCAUUGGACAAACAUAUCAGAGCUGCUCUCCUUCAGUGAAUCAGACGUGCAGUUAUUUAGUUUUUAAGUGUUUCAGUGACUUGACUGAGCAAACACUGCCAUGAGGGUUGAAUGUUGAACGAACACAAUCAGAGGGUGCCUGAAUUAUUAUUUUUUUGUUUUCUGGUCGUUGCCUUCAGUAAGACCACAUCGGAAACAAAUCUACUCUGACCUUAAGAAAUUAUUUCCAAACCUUACCUUUUUUCAGAAUGUAUUCUUACUCUUACUUGACACUCCAAAGAAUAAUUUGAAGGAUAUUCUUGUUUCUAAAUUUUUAAAAUAUGGUGAUGUGCAGUUACCUAUUUUUUUUGUCUCUGCACUGCAGCACACAGGGGUUCAAACCAGCAAUGAACUUUAGGUCAAAGGUCUACUUGACUUUCAGAGGUUUUACAUCCAUUUUGGGUGGACAGUAGGACAGGUUGCCUGUUUUACUCGCAGCCAGCCUGUGUUUUGACAAUGCAGGAGGAAAACCCCCCAAAAAAUAAGCUGCAAGUGAAUCUGGCUGAAGUUUAGGCCUGAUACACAUUAUCAAUGUGUCUGUUAAUGCCCGAGGGACUUCAGAGGGUCUUAGGACUGAAUUUGACCAAAUAUUAAAAAUGAUUGUUGGUCAUGUAAAACUGGGGAUCUGUGAACAAAUAAAACUCCCUUUCCUCUGCUGUUCAUCUUAACAUGGAAGUAGCCUCACAAGAAAUUUAAGCUGAAACAGAACAAGUCCUUAAUUUCAAAUCUUAUGUGCUGUAGUACAGAGACGAAACAACAAAAAAUGAGAUGACAAAUGACAAAAGCAGGGUUUCCCAAAAUACUUCUUGCUGUCAGGAUGUUUUGCCCUCAUUAAAGCUUGUGAAAAGAAAAUUUACUGUAAAUUAAAAGCUACAAUUGUGGUUAUUAGGUCUUUAAUGAGUAGCGCAACUAAUGAACAUUUUCAUCACAAUUAAUCUUUUGACUAUUUUCCUGAUUAAUCGAUUGUUUCCUCUAUUUUCAGUAAAUGGGGUUUCACGAAGUAGUGACAAUAAUUCUUCAAAUUCAAAUUUAGGCACAAAGUAACUCCUUAUUAACCUUUUUUUGUUUUUGUUUUAAGGUAUUCUGGUAGACAAACCUGUUGAUGUUUGUUAGGUGAGUCAAUGCCAAGACAAAUCGUAGCAAACCAAGGACAAACACACUGCAGGACGUUAACAUUUCCCUCUCUCUGUUCACUGUGAGCCCUCUGUCGACAGAACAGCAGCUUUCUAGCGUUUCGAGCAGUUCUGACUAGUGUGUGCUGUCGAGCCUCAGUGGAGAAGUGCUUUUUGUUAUGCAAUGUUAAAGCGGGAGCAGAUGUCCCCCUUUACAUAGUGGCCUCUGUGCUGAACCCAGUGCCAAUGUAUCCUCCUCCUCCCUCCUCUAACAGUCUGUGUUUAUUACAACUGUCAUCACUUGGGUCAGUUGUCAGGUGGGAUUUGUUACAAAAUUAGAUUUUUCAUCAUGUCAGAGGUUUUUGUCAAUUGUCUGGUUUUCCUGAAAAGUCACUGGAGGUAUUUGUGUGUUGACUCCUCUCUGGUUUAAUGGUGGUGGUAAAAUGUGUUAUUUUGAGUGUUACUGAGGAGGACUGUGUUGUGUGUUUGAUAUCAAACUCUGGUACAAGAAGUUUUCUUGGACCUCAAAGAGUUAAUGUUCAGCAGGUUUUUUGCCACUCUGGGGAUCCAUAACUAUCUCUCAAGUAAUCAUGACUGGUUUAAAUCCUCAUGUUUCCUUUAUUGAUCCCCAGUUUGUCUUAAGUGAUAAAGCACCAUGCAGGGGUGUGUUUUUGUUUUAUGAAAAAGGCGGAGCAAAGUGAAAUAAUGGCUUUAAAGGUAACGGUGGUACUUGUGUGACCUCUAACCUUUUCCCUGUCAACAAUCAGUGCUGAUUAAGCGAUUACCCCGUGAGUCUCUCUCCUCUCUGUCUCCUGUUUCUGCUGGACUUUAAUGUGUUUGUUAUACUCCAAAAAAAAACCGUUUUUCUUCAAUCAAGUUUGGUACAGACAAUAAAACAGUAUUUCAACUUCAGCUCUGGACUGUUUGUUUGUCCUGAUUAAAUCUCCAAGUUUCUGUAAAUGUUUUAUAGACACCAGCAGUGUGUCAUAAACGUGAGGUUUCAAGUAUUCAGAUCCUUUGGUUUAAGUACUAAUACCACACUGAAAAUAC